UUCGUACGAACGUACGUUUUCGGCGUUGUCUCGUUGACCAUUACAUUUAUUUCAAAAAUGUUUAUACUAGUAGUGUUGUUUAUAAUAGUGUGUUACUUCUACGGGACACGGACUUUUGGUUAUUGGAAAAAAAAGGGAGUGAAACAUGACCCGCCGCUACCAUUUUUCGGAAACAACUUCAAACAAUUCGUUCAACGCGCCAGCAUGUGUAUGAUGGCUACUGAAACAUACAAAAAAUAUCCCGGUGAAAGAGUAGUCGGUUUUUAUAGAGGCACUAAACCAGAAUUGGUUAUACGCGACACAGAUCUUAUAAAAAGAAUACUUAUCACAGAUUUCAAUAACUUUUAUGCAAGAGGGUUCAUACCCCACAAAACAGAUAUUGAGCCAUUGUUGCAAAAUCUCUUCUUUGCUGACGGCGAUACGUGGCGUUUGAUAAGGCAAAGAUUUACACCUACAUUUAGUACCGCUAAACUAAAAGCCAUGUUCCCUAUUAUUACAGAGCGUGCGGCAAAAUUGCAAGUGCUUGCAGAAGAUAUUGUUAACAAAGACUUCUAUGACAUCAGGGAGCUAAUGGCAAGGUACACAACAGACUUUAUCGGAGCUUGCGGUUUUGGUCUCAAUGUGGAUGCCUUGAGUGACGAAAAUUCACAAUUCAGAUGGCUUGGUAAGCGUAUAUUUCAAAGAACACCAAGAGAUGCUAUUAACGGGGCUCUAAAAUUGAUGUUCCCUGAACUUUGCAAGAAAUUAACGUUCCUAUCCCCAGAGCUUGAAAAGUCUGUAGUGAGCUUAGUUACGUCAAUAAUGAAAGAAAGAAAUUACAAACCAGCAGGCAAAAACGAUUUCAUCGAUCUUGUCUUAGAGAUCAAGCAGAAAGGUAAAAUAUCAGGUGAAUCGAUUGAACAAAAAUCACCAGAUGGAUCACCAAAAAUUGUUGAAUUAGAAAUAAGUGACCUACUUAUUAUAGCUCAAGUGUUUGUAUUCUUUGGGGCUGGAUUCGAGACAUCUUCAACUGCAUCUAGUUAUACUUUACAUCAAUUAGCUUUUAACCCCGACUGCCAGGAAAAAGCACAAGAAGAGAUUGAUAGAGUAUUGGCAAAAUACGGAAAUAAACUGACAUAUGAAGCCAUUAACGAUUUGAAAUAUUUAGAAAUGUGUUUCUUCGAAGGGAUGAGAAUGUAUCCAUCAGUAGGAUACUUAGUGCGGAUGUGUACAUCUCCUCAUUAUACCUUCUCUGAAAUCGAUCUCACUAUAGAUGAAGGAGUGAAAGUAUAUAUACCUAUUCAAGCCAUAAACAGAGACGAAAAGUUUUUCCCGAAUCCUAAUAAAUUUGAUCCUGAUAGAUUCCGUGAUGGAAUUAAAGAUGUCAAAGAUUUCUUUUUACCUUUUGGAAGUGGACCAAGAGCGUGUGUUGGUGAAAGGCUGGGUCAGAUGCAGUCAAUGGCUGGUAUUGCCGCUCUCCUACACAAGUAUUCACUAGAGCCUGCAGCUUGCAGCGUGCUGGACCCUCCUCCCGAGCCUUCGGGGAUAGUAUCAGAGAGCUUCGUUGGAGGGCUACCGUUGAAGUUGAAAAAACGUCAUCAUAAAGUAUCAUCAUAAAGUUAAAAGACUGAAACAAUUACCUAUAACUUGUUUUUUAAAGUGUCUCCGUGCGUAAUUUUAAUGGUUCAAGGUGUUUAACAGUAGAGCUGCACAAAUAUUCUAUGUGACCCUUACUUGUAGCUAAAACUGAGUUAUAUACCUCCGAAAUUACGUAAAGAAGCAUUUCAAAAUUGAUAAAAAAUGUUAUCAGCCUUUGAUGCAUUUUUAUGUGACUUUUAACGACACCUACGCUAAAGAAGAUUAGUUUUAAUUGAUGUGUUGAUUCGUCGAAGGCGCCGUAACAUCGUCUGUUGUUUUGAAUAUGAGUAGAUCAGGUUAUGUAUUAGUAGAUUAGGUAGUUAACUUUUUUGCCUUAAAUAAACAUAACAUUACAAUAACGAUAAUGGCAAUCAUACGUAAUUGCGUAGGUUAUUAUUUCUAGUUGUAACGACAAACAUUAUGAUAGUACAUUUAGAUAAGUACAAUUUAUUUUUAAUUUCGUGAUAGCUCUUCUUUUACUAUCGGUAU